AUGAGAAUAUUCUUGGCGCUGUGCUUCUUUGGCUUCAGCUAUGCGUACAUGUUUGAUUGUUUGGAUAAAUGUGAAUGUGAUACCGAGGACGAGGUGAUUCACUGUCACAACGGGCAACGGACGAAAUUAACUCUUCCCACGGGCACUCGCUUGCGGGGUUUCCCGGUGAUCGGGCUCACUUUCAACAACAUUCAAAAAUUGCCCGAUCAGGAUACACUUCUCGAGAAAUUCCCCGAUCUUAAGAUAGUCGACGUUGAGAGAAAUCCGAACUUUGACUGCAGUAGCCUCGAGAACUACAACCGGAUCAAGAUCAUCACCGAUUGCGAGAAGAACAUCACCGACAUCCAGCGAGUGCCGCGAAUCGAUCGGCCGACUAGGGAAUGCGAUCUCGCUUGUCAAGCCGAAAAGCAUUACAAGAAAUUGCACGAAUACGCUCUCCAACUGUGGGAAGUGAUUAAGCAAAAAUACGAGAAUUUUGAUGUGGACGAGUCGCUGAAACAAAUCCGCGAAUUCUUCAAGAAAGUCGUCGCGAAAGUGCAAGGAUUUGGGCAAAACGUUCAACAGAAAUGGAACCAAACCGGUCAAGCCGAUCACCCGAAAGCGAUCGGCGCGAAGACUUCGCUCGGCGACGAUGUGCACCUGCCCACCCAAGGCACUAUUGAUGUC